UCCUGCCUCAAGGAAAAAACAGAUUAUACCAAAUGUGCAAAUGUAAGAAUGUGAUGCUCAAAAUUUUAGCCGCCAAAAUGAAGAGGCGUUCUCUGCCGACGGUUCGUGAGGAAAAAAAAAGUAUUUACAUUAGUGACUUUGCAAUUUAUUCUAUGGUGACAGCGACAGCAGUGUUGAGUUAUAUGAAUAGUUUGAAUGGAGAAUUUGUACAUGAUGACAUACCUGCGAUUGUGACGAAUGGUGACGUCACCGGGGAAAAUUCCUUAAAACAGCUGCUGCUGGAUGACUUUUGGGGAACGCCAAUGGCUGACGCGAAUAGCCAUAAAUCGUAUCGGCCUUUGACAACGCUGUCUUUUAGAUUAAACUACGCCCUAUCGGGUCUCCGGCCGUGGUGGUGGCACGCUUGCAACAUCAUGCUUCACACCGCAUGCUGUGCGCUCGUAACGCGUGCAUGCGUUACAAUCGCGCGUCUACAGCGGCCGUUCGCUGCUUUAGCUGCUGUCUUGUUUGCUGUGCAUCCUGUACACACAGAAGCGGUGGCUGGCGUAGUGGGCAGAGCCGACGUGUUGGCUUGUAUUUUCUUCCUUUCAUCGUUAUUAGUGUAUCAUAGACCUACAAGCAACAAGAAGUGUGUAUGGCUAAGCAUAAUCCUCGGAGCUCUGAGUAUGCUGGCCAAGGAGACCGGAGUAACGAUUCUGCUCCUCAACUUAGCUAUUGACUUUUAUAGAUGCUGGCCAUUUGUUAAAAAGUCAUUAUGUUCACUGAAGAUUGAAAAGAAAUGCACAGGCCUGUCAGUAAGAACCAUAAAAGUGGUGGUAUCUCUGGCGCUGCUUAUCUGCCUCCGGCUUGCCUUGCUGCAAGGCACUUGGCCAACGUUCUCGCCUCAAGACAACCCAGCUGCUUUUCACCCCAGUUUUGUUGUAAGGUUGAUGACAUUCUGCUACUUAGCAGCGUUCAACUGGUGGCUGUUGCUGUGUCCGUGGCCUCUCUCGCACGACUGGCAGAUGGGUUCCGUGCCGCUGGUAACCAGCGGGUGGGACCCACGGAAUUUUCUUACGGGAGCUGCUAUGAUAGCUCUACUUGCACUAGUUACUAGAUGCAUUUUAGAUUUAGAGGUACAAAGACAUACGCCGGUGGUAAUAGGCCUUCUACUCCUCGUGGUGCCAUUUGUCCCAGCCAGCAAUCUUCUGGUCACUGUCGGGUUCGUCAUCGCCGAACGAGUACUUUAUAUUCCGAGUGUAGGCAGCGUAAUCAUAACAGCAUAUGGCGUCCAGCUAAUGUGGUCUAAGCCCGGGACUAAAGCGUUCCUUGUCCUGGGUCUGGCUAUACUGGCUGCUAGUAGUGUCGCUAGAACGCAUAGAAGAAAUGCUGAUUGGAGGGACCGAGCUACUCUUCUCAGGUAAUUACGAUUUUUGGUGCAAAAAUUAACAAAAUAACUUAAUUACUGUGCGCAUCUACAUAGCAUAGAAAACAAAAAUAACGCUAUUAAAGUUGACGUUUUGACCACUAGAUUAUGGCCAACAUACGCAAGUGCCCACAACAACAUCGGUACUCUAGUCUCCGGGAUGGAUAACGCUGAACACCAUUUUCUUCAAGCCAUCAAGUACAAUAAGUACCAUGUCAAUGCGCAUUAUAAUCUUGGCAAGUUGUACAAAAAAAGUGGUCGAGCAACUCAAGCAAUAUCGAUGCUGGAGAAAUGCAUUUGGCUGCAGCCACGAUUUGUGCAAGCGCUGGUGGAACUUCUUACCCUGACUCCAGACUGUCAGAAGCAACCACUUUUAAGGAAACUUUUGGAGCUAGAGCCGCUGAAUUGGGAGCAUUAUGUGCUUUAUGGGAACUGGUUCAGAGAGAAAGGGUUACACAGUCCAGCAUCUAAUUUGUACCUAGAAGCAAUACGACUGAGUUUCAGAACACGAACCGUUGCGCGCCCCGUACGGUCAGACUUGAUUGCCUUAAGAUCACUGGCGUUAAUGUAUCGCUCAUUGGGUCAAAGAUCACGUACUUUACAACUGCUAACGAGAUGGCACACUUGGCGACGUGGUUGGCCAAGCGCUGCUGCCACUCAUCUCUAUUUACGAGACUGGAGACUUAAGAUGGAGUUAGAGGGACGAAUCCAGAUUUACUCGAAGGCUGUUAAUCCUACAAAAUCAACAAGAUGCUUCGAUCACUCACAACUAGCUGUAAAAAGUAAAGAAGAAAAAAAAUCUAAUAAAGAAUCUAUUAAAACAGAACAAUUUGUGAAAAGUGUAACGAAAGACAAUGUUAAAAGUGAUAGUUGCUGUAAAUCUUGUGGGACCAAGAAAAGGAUAUCAAUAUCAUCACAGAUUAAAACUACUCAUAAUAAAUCGGAAAUAGGGCUGAAAGAAAAGAAAUGUACAUUGCAUAGGAAAGACAAGAAUGAUAAGAAUGCUAAUGUUAUACCGAGUAUUGGAGCUCCGCUGGCUGAACACAUUCUUAUGAAAACGUACUAGUGUGUUUAAGUGCUUCCGUUUGCCGAGAUAGCGUAGAAAAAACUUGAAAACUUCACAUGGGUUUGUCUUCUCCUAACAUAAAUAUGAAUUUAAUUAAAAGGAUAUCAAAUUUUUUCACUAACGACUAGUGAAUGUUUUAAUGUUUUAAUCUAAAAUUAUUAAAAUGAACUCAAGUCCUAACGAAGGAGAUAUUAACUUUUACCAGAAAAUCAUUCACAGACUUUCUGUUACUGAGAAACAUCUAUAUUAUUAUUAUUCAACCCGCUCAUGUGACACGACAUUAUGUGAAUAUUUUCUAUGUUACCUUGUCAAGGUUGCAGGUGUGAUACAGUAUGAAACGUGGAAAACUUCAUGCUUGUGAUGGUCAGAUUCUAAUUUGUAUGAAUGACAUUAGUCAUAACGCUGACAAUAUCGCAAGUUUAUUGUAAUUUAAAUAAAUAAGUUAUGCAAGUAUCGUGUUUAGAAAUCUCAUUUUGGGGGUUUACAAUAAACAAAAGAAACAGUUCUUUGGUAAAUGAUGGUUCUAGGGAACCACGCUAAUUUGUUUGAACAAUGUUCAGAAAGACACGCAAAUUGAUUUGAACUUUACGUACAAUUUGACAUCGUUAAAACAUAAUAUGUUUAAUUGCAUGGAAACCCAUCCAAAAGAUGAGUGACGGACGCCAGAUGGUUCAUCAGAGAGAAAGCGAUAUAAGGCAUUAAAGUAGACCUAUGUCCAACCAUGGAAGGAUGUAUAUACAUCCAAUCAUACAAUGAUAUUAUUACCUUUUUUAUUUCA